UCGGGGCAGGGGGGCUGUGUCCUGUCACCGGCGGUGGGAGGUCCCUAGUGUGGGUCACUUUUCCCUCAGGGCUCCGAGCUGGAGUCAAGUCGGAGCGGGAAUUGGAACUGCCCAGCUCCCAUCUGCAGCCCACGUUGUUCUUUGCUGCAGCUGCUUUUAAGUCGGCCACAAAUCUCCCGAGUGUCAUGGUGUUGGUUGGGGCUUGGGUCAGUGUGUUCAAAACAGAUCGUUUGUGAGGCUUGUGUGCCUAAUGUGGAAGUUGAGCAACGUUUCUUUGGUCGAUGUUUGAUCUGAUACCCUUUCCCCCAGUUAAUGCAUUUUCUUGCUUUUGACUAUGUUACUGUUCUCCUAGAGAGAGUUUUCUUCUUGCUCACCCCUUAGUUGCUUUCUUCAUAUCUCAGAGUUUUGUUCCUUUCUUUUCUCCUUUGUUAUUUUUGUAAUCUUUCACACUGUAAUAGGUUGGUUUCUCUAAUUGUCUUCUUUUUAAAAUAUUUUUACUAAGAUCUCCCUUGACUACUCUUAAACUAUUUCUGUGCCAUAUUCUUAGUCUUUAACUGGUCUUCUGUCUUCCUUAAGCAGUCCAAGUCAAACUUGAUGGGGUUGGGUUAGAGCUAAAAAGCUGACUCUGAAAGUUUCCUGUUUUUUCCCCUUCCUCCAAUCUCUUAACGAUCUUAUGCUGCUAGAAAGCAUGUCAUCAGUAACAAACAAUACUUUUUCAGGGUAUAAACUUUGCUUGGCUACACAUUAGGUUGUUCACUGUGGAGCACAGAAUCUGUGUACUAUGGAAAGUACUAAGCAAUUUUGGGAUUAAGAGAAUAGUCAAUAAUCUGUAUUUGGGUUAUAAGAUUGGACGUUCCAGGAGUAGAGUUGGUUGAAAAUACAUGUUUUCCAAGUUUUAUUUUAACCUAAAGGUAGUGCUAGCUUAGAAGGCAGCUUUUUUUGUUAUUUCUAGUAUCAAUGACCCAUUUGACAUGUUUGGGACUAUGUGACUAACCUGCCAGACAUCUAGCCGGACAAGCAAAUAACAUAAAAAUAGUAAGUACCUAUAGCAAAAUCAAAGGAGUCUUUUUAUAUGUUUCUGUGAUUAAAAACAUGAAGGGGACUUCUCUAUCCUAAAUGGGCAGAUACUUUAAUUGUAGCUGAUGACUGUAGUGAAGUAUAGUGAUGGAUUGACUACUAGGGGUUCGUUUAAAAGGGAAAAGAAAAAUUAAUCCCAGGUCUCAUUGUUGCUUUCACUGGUUUUUCUUUUAUUCCUAAAUCCUCCAUCACAUAAAACAGGUGCGUGGUUAUUGAUGUUCUCCAUCACUUAUAUCUAAAUAGCUUACCUCCUUUUUCAUCUUUUCUGCCUUCAGCUCCAUCCUCCAAGAAAUUCACUCGUCUCUGUGUUGUUCCAUUUUUGCAAUCUUUGCAUCAUCCUUUGUUGUCUAUUUGUAAUAUUGUCCCAGUUUACUGACGGGUCUCUGUGCAAAGGCUUUGAAGCUCCAUUAUGAUGUACUUGAGAUUUAUUGAUUGUGGCUGUAAUGUAGUGGUAUCCAUCAGCAUUUACUGACAUCUCAAACUUCUCUACCAUUUUACCCUGGGAUCAGUGUAAUAGAAGGCAUAGAUUAUGUUGGAAGUGAGAUUUUCAUUGCUAUCAAAAAAUUCUGCUUGGAAUCUGGCUAUCUCCUUUCUCCUUCUGUUUGCUACCUUUCUGGUAGCACCGUGGUCCUUCAUACCCCCUGUUCCCUCAUCUCCUACUUACCUCCAUAUGCACUUGUGCACAGAGCUCUUAGUGGGCUUGUGUCCUUUUGCCCCACUCAUUUUUUCCCAGCCUCAAUCUUUCCCUCUGCCUGACUUCUCACAGGUAAAAGUUGUUCCCUUACCGGCGUUGGCACUGAUAGAUUAAGGAUGAAUUACUUAUCUACACCUUGUAAUCCAAGCAGAAUUGCAGUCUGCUUUUAGCAGUCCAUGGGAAUUGUUGCUGAAUAAAUUGGAAUACUGGUAGCUGUGCUGACUGAAGCUUCUCUCAUCUUGAAUACGUGAGAAAGAGAGGGGAGGAGAAACCGUGUGGAUUUAAAAGAAAGAAAAACAAAACCACAACAGAGGAUGAUGUCCUUUCCCUAGAGGAGCAUUUAUUAGGUUAAAUCCUGUAUGAACCAGCUAAGGAGAAAUAGAGCACUGUUUUUAUUCACACAUUUAAUUUCUUCCUCAAAUAAAGCAAGGUUCCUAUGAGUGGGAAGCGCCCCUUCUCAAAUGUGAGCAGGAUAAGUUGCCCUGACGGCCACAGAACCCUGAAAUUCGAGGUCACAUUCCUUUAGGCAGAUAAACUGCACAUGUCCAUAUGUGGCUCGCAUUCCCUUGGGCUACAGAAGGCAGAGAUGGUGGAACUGCAGCUCCGGUAGGAGCAGCAAGGAAUUUCAGAAGCAAGUUCGUCAUCUUCUGUUCACAUCAGUGGAAGAUGGAGGGGGCUCGACAUCACACAGAAGAUGAUCGUGUCCUGCAUGAACAAGCUGCAAGUUUUCAACUGUUCAAAACUGGCAGAUCAGCCAAAAAUGACAGAUCUUGAUCGGACAAGAGGGAUGGCUGCAGGAAGGAAUUCUCUACUCUUGUUACCUAUGCUAAACUUCUUAAGAGGAUGGGUGGGCAUUCAAGUGUUAGUUUGUCCAGCAUCAUUCACUUCUGCUGCUUCUGGGAUUCCCUCAGGAAUUGCCCAAGGAGCGGAGGAAUAGAGCUUAGCCAUCUGGGUUUAAGAAGCUGAAAGCCAUGUCUCUUCCCCGACAGCUGCGAGAAAAGAGUGAUUUUGACCAGCUUCCAGAUGAUGUACCUGUUUCAGCUAACAUUGCAGAUAUUGAAGAGAAGAAAGGCUUUACUAAUUAUUAUAUGUUUGUCAUUGAAGUGAAGGUUAAAGGUGGUGGCAGAUACCUGAUUUUUCGACGCUAUCGACAGUUCUAUGCGCUGCACACCAAACUAGAGGAGAGAUAUGGGGCAGAGAGCAAAAAUAGCCCUUUUAGCUGUACGCUCCCCAUAUUGCCAGGAAAAGUUUAUGUUGGGGCCAAAAAGGAAAUUGCUGAAAACAGGAUUCCUAUCCUAAAUGUCUACAUGAAGAACCUACUCUGCCUACCCGCUUGGGUGUUGAUGGAUGAAGAGGUACGGCUGUUCUUCUACCACUCAACCUUUGAUAGCGAACAGGUGCCUCACAGACUGAGACGACUUCGCCCACGGACACGGCGAAUUAAAAGCAUUUCACCUCAAGUGCCUAUUUUUGACCGCAUGGCAGCUCCACGUGCUGAGGCUCUGUUUGAUUUUUCUGGAACCAAUAAACUGGAACUCAGCUUCAAGAAGGGAGACUUGAUCUAUCUACUCAGCAGAGUAAACAAAGACUGGUUGGAGGGAACAGCUGAUGAUGCCACUGGGAUUUUCCCAUGUGCUUUUGUGAAGAUCAUAAAAGAUUUGCCACAGCAGGAAGACACAGUUAAUAAAGUCCGAUGUUAUUACCAUGAUGAGACUGUGAGCACUAUCAGGGAUAUCUCAGUGGAAGAGGAUCUGAGCAGCAUUCCAUCAUUCAAAGAUCUCAUGGAAUUGAUGAGGCGGGAAUUUGACCAAGAUGACAUUGUUUUGAAUUACUGCGACCAUGAUGGUGAUCUGAUCCGGUUGCUCUCUGAUCAGGAUGUUGAACUCAUGGUGUCUCAGAGCAGAAGGCGGCCCUCUGAGAAGCAUUUCUUCCCUUGGAAGUUGCACGUAACUCACAAAGAUGACUUGGAUGUCUACAACACUAGUCCAGGAAUAGGUGCUACUCAGACAGCAAGAGCAACAUAAGUGCCAUAUAGAGAUGUUCCAGUAGGUAGUUAUACAGUCCUUUUGUAAUCCCUCUCUGCAGAUGGUUUCCUUUAACAAGCCUUUGAAGUGAGUUUAAAAGGAGUAAUUUUUUAGUAAUAUAUUACCUUUCAAUGUAAAAUGUGUACAUACUUACCGUCUUCAACUUUUCAGCAUUCCUCUGUAAUAGAGACGUCUACAUAGAGACCAGAGAAAGUAAGGAACAGAGAAAUAAAAUUGCUGGCCAUAUUUACAAAGCAAGUCAGUGUUAGCCUGCAAUAGAGGUUUAGUGUCCUGAGUCCAAGACCUUCCCUAACCCCUAUUCUUAUUCCCAGAGCUAAUUAUUUGUCCAUAAUAUCUUCAUAAGCUUUUUUUUCCUAGACUGCCAUAAUUUUCCCUCCACUUGCUGAUAUGAAGGUUUGUGCACCAGUGCUUAUAAAUGUGUAAUGAUUUCUGUCACACGGGAGUCUGACUGGGAAUUCAGAGUUUGUUCUGGAAGCAUCAAGAAAACUUUUUCACUUAUAUUUCAGUGAAGAAAUUGCAGCCCCUUUCCUUUCUUCUUUCCACUGACCCAAUAUUUUGAAUUCUGUAAAUCAAACCUAGUAACCUGUGGUGUUCCUCAUAGACCUUUUUGCAAUGCUACAGACAACUUGUUUCCACAUUCUGGGAAAACUUGUGUGAUGCCAAUUUGAAUAGCAAUUUCUUCUCUAUCUUAUGCUUUCUGACACCUAAUUGCAAAGUAGAACUUACAACAAAUUACUGUAUCAGAUUCUUCAACAAAUAAAGUUACAUAUGAGUUCUUUUUAUCAGUUUCUAUUCAAAAGGGAUUUUUUUUUGAUGAAAUAAUUCUGCUCCUUUUACUUUUUCUUGAAAAAUAAGAUAAUUUUGAAGAAGAGUUUGAAUGUUACUUAUUCAGCUUUCCUUAAGGAGGAACUAAUUUCUGAAAAAAAAAUAAAUCUUGCAAUAACUUCUUUAGUGGUCAUGCAAUGAAAAUAUUUUCUUCUUGAACAAAUUUACUGCUGCUUGUAAGAAUUAUAAGAUAUGAAUGCUUUACAGAAAUUGUUUGAUACCUAAAAUACUGUAUUUUAAAAACACCACACAGUCAUGGUGUUAAAAAGAUGCCACCAAAUCUAAAUAUAAUCUGUAAAAAAUAAGAAUUUAAAAUAGUUUUCAAACACCAUGCUUUGGAUUUGACUAUUAGUUUCUGUGGCAUUAAGCGGCAAUUCUUCAUUUAAAAAAAUCUUUGUCCUUGACCUGCUGCUAAAAUUUGUACAGACAAAAGGGAAGAUGAACAAGUAUCUCAAGGUACUAAGGAACAGUUAACUAACAGUGCAUUAAUAACUAAACUGCCCCUCCCAAAACUGGCAAAAUAAUGCUUUCUCUUUUUCUUAGAUGUUACCUGUAAUGCUAUCAGGUAACAAGGUCUUCAACAACGGAAGUAUUUAAGGUGACUUACCCUUUAAACUUGAUUUUUUUUUCUCUUCCUGAUGUAUAUACAUAAACUUAUUUUAUACAUAAGCUUUAAUAUUCUAUUAUCCAUAGCCCUGCAUUUAUGCAUACAAGUGUAUUGG